CGAUUUUUUUGAGCUUGUGUCGUUUUGUUUGCUGCCUGUCACCAGCGUGUAAACAUUCACACACGGAACAGAGCUGCGGUGAAACCCCGCAGGAGCCCAUUAAUUUAAUUUAUUCACUAAUAAACGUGAGCAGGGCAGAAGGCUGUCUUGGUAGUUCCGUUGCAGCAAAACUGUUUCUAAAUAUUUACAUAGAAAAGGAAAGAAAGCAGCAGCAGUUGGACGCUGUCAUUGUUUGGUGGACCGAUACAUCAGCAGCUAAAGCGGGGCUCGUUGAACGACCAUGGCAGCGGCGACAAGCGACUGCGGAGCGGCUUUCUCCGGCAUCCAGAGCCGGGGCUGGGAUGAGUCCCAGCUCCGGAAAUACCCUUUCCCAACCAAGUCCAUUCCCCGGCUGUCUUACACGGAUCCCAGGGCAGAGAUGCUUAUAAACAACGAGGAACCAGUGGUUUUAACGGACACAAACCUCGUAUAUCCGGCUCUCAAGUGGGAUAUCCCAUACCUCCUGGAGAACAUUGGAAAUGGAGACUUCUCUGUUUACACCUCAGAAAACCACAAGUUCCUCUACUAUGACGAGAAGAAAAUGUGCCACUUUAUGGACUUUGUUCCCAAGUCUCGUCGAAUGGAAAUGAAAUUUUCUGACUUUGUGGAUAGCAUGCAUAAAAGAGAAGAAGCGGGAGAAGAUGAGAGAGUCUAUUUGCAGCAAACGCUGAAUGACACAGUAGGAAAGAAGAUUGUUCUCGAUUUCCUUGGUUUCAACUGGAACUGGAUCAACAAGCAGCAAGCCAAGAGGAACUGGGGACAGCUGACAUCCAACCUGCUGCUUGUUGGCAUGGAGGGCAAUGUGACACCAGCACAUUAUGAUGAGCAGCAGAAUUUCUUUGCACAGAUAAAAGGCCAUAAAAGAUGCAUCCUCUUCCCUCCAGACCAGUUUGAGUUUCUCUAUCCCUACCCUGUCCAUCACCCCUGUGACAGACAGAGCCAAGUUGAUUUUGAUAACCCUAACUAUGAGAAGUUUCCAAAUUUUAAAAAUGUUGUUGGCUAUGAAGCUGUUGUGGGACCUGGAGAUGUUCUCUACAUCCCUAUGUAUUGGUGGCAUCACAUUGAGUCAUUGUUGAAUGGCGGCGUGACAAUCACUGUUAACUUCUGGUACAAAGGUGCUCCCACACCUAAGAAGAUAGAAUACCCUCUGCGAGCUCAUCAAAAGGUUGCCAUCAUGAGGAAUAUUGAAAAGAUGCUUGGAGAAGCACUUGGAGAUCCCCAUGAGGUUGGGCCUUUACUGAAAACAAUUAUCAAAGGGAGAUAUGACCAGGGCCCCAGUUAGAGCUCCAGCCUUGCAGCUGCUGAAUGGACUGCUCCACAAACUGUUUGCAUGUGAAGAGUGUUUUGUCAUUGGAGAUAAGUGGCAGUGCACGGCAGCAAUCAGCCAUAAUGAAAUAAUUCUGCUUCAGUCUCAGAAUGCCGUUGCCAUAACAACUGCACCAAUUAAGGAGGAAGGAAAUGAAUUAAACCAUUGGGAUUUCAACCAACUUGAAGAAGCUCUUUUUUUUUUUUGCCGUUGGAGUGAAGACAUGAAGAUAUAUUUCCUUGAAUCAAGUCUUACAAUUUUUGCUUUUGGCCUUAAAUUUUAAUUUUGUACCUUCAAGGAAACCUCAGUGUUUGGAGCACUAGUGGAUUAGAUGAGGGAUAAAAUAUAACUUAUAAAGAGGACCUAUAGAGAGAUUUUUUUUUAUCUACAAGGAAUAAUACAGUUGCCACUUAAUUUAAAAAUACAACAUUAAAUUCUUCUAUUUCAUCACAAAACAACUUCACAAAUGACUGUUCUUUAGUGUAAUUUAUCUACAUUGUGUAAUUUCAUACUAAUAUGCAGUCAUUUACCAGGAAGACUUGUCAUGAUUUAAAAAUAAGAAAAAAUCUCAGUUAUGGUAUGGUAUGAAUGUAAAACAGUGGGGUGUAGCUGAAGGUGUGAUUGCUUUUUCUAAAUGUUUUUGCUUGUUUAAUUUGUAUUUUAAUAGCUUUACUGGGUUUGGAGUCAAGCAAUCCAGUAAAAGGUGGAGUGCUGAAAAUAAAUGCGUUGCAACUUUAGUUGCUAGUACAAGUCACUGUUAAAAUCUAACAAAACUACAGCGGGUUAAAUGGUACAAAUGAUAAAUAUUAUUAAAUGCUACCAGUUGACUGAACUAGUAAGGCCAUCUGCUGGAAUGUAGCUUUGUAAAAGCCAUUGCUGUGCGGUUUACAGCACCAUCUAGUGGUCCGGUUUGAAAUUGCUUGUUAAGCUUCUCCCAUUUUUUUAGAAUAGCAACUAAGAUAAAAGCAGUGUGUACAAAAAUACAAUUCCUGUUUAAAAAAAAAAAAAAAAGCUAAAUUAUUGUCAUUUUUUCAGUUAUCAAUGCACUGAACUCUUUUCAUGCCUGUGUGAAGGUAAACACUGACUUAAAGCCCAGCAGCCAGACACUGUAAACGUCCCUCAGAUCCAAAGGACAGGUUGAUAUCCGAGUUUCUUUAUGGCUUUCUUGAAACCUUUCUGAGCAGUUUUUGCAUGCGGCAGAGCAGAGUGAAACAAAAGAGCAGAAUAUUGUGUUGUGCGCCAAACUCACAUUGAACCAUGCAAAUUGGACUCAUUGGUAUUCAGAAACAUUUGGUUGAAACAGAUUCUUAACCUCUUAAUAGCGUGCAUAUGUAUUUACUAAUUGUACUCUCUUUAGAGAGUUUUAAAUCAUGUGUAAAAAUGUAGAUGUUUUAUUUUUAGGGUGAAUCAUUUACUGUAUGCAUGUGCUUGAUGCUUACAUGGCAAAAAGGAAGCUAAUUUCAAACUUUUUUAUGGCAUUAAAAAGCUUUAAAUCUGAAA